CAAGUUUUGGCUCUGCUGCCAUCUGUUUCCCUGGCUCUGUCACUGUCCUUGAGAGUGUAGAGGCUCACAUGUCUGAACAGGACGUAGUGAGGACAUGAGGGUGGUGAGGAGACUUCAAAUAUUGCAGGAGGGAUGACUAGAGUGCACUUGUGAUUUGGGGCAGGAUUAGAUUCCUUGGACCAAGAAUGGGGGACUUCCAAGCUGGCCUGUCUUCCAACGACAACGGCACAGAGAUGAAGAUGUCCCUGGAUGUGGAUGCUUCUGUGCAUAUGCCUAAUGAUAAUUCCAGGGACAACACCACCAUUGCCUUGAAACUCCAAUGUUCAUUUAGGGUUGAAAGAGAGAGCCAGAACAGCCUGCCCUAUGUGACCAUGUGGAAAUGCUCAAAUGAAACAAUGAAGGACAUCCCUGAUUCAUCAGUCAGGUUGAUGUCCAGUGGCUCCCUCUGACUUCCUGUGGCAUUUCUCUCCUGAAAGUGAGACCACCAUCCACUCAAGAUCUGCCUGAGCCCACCUGUAGGACCCUCCCUGACUCUCCUUCCCUCCAUGCUCUCCACACCUGCUAUCAUCACCCCAUCAUUAG